UUGGUGUAUCUGGCUCUCUUGAAACUGGUAAGUCCACUAGAAAUAGAAAUUCCCAAAUUGAGGUUAACGAAUGUAUUCAGAUAAAUAUACGUGUCUUGGUGAUUUUGUCAUAGGCAAGAACAAAAUGUCAAAGACUAGUGUGCAGGUUACUGAAAGGCCCUCUUCAUCUUUGACGGCUCCAUUGGAUAAUCAUCAUGAAGCUGCCAACAACUUCGUCUCAGAGAAUCCCUUUUUCAAAGUCACUUUGGGUUCCUCCCAUAUGGAGAAGUCAGUUGUGCAUGUACCAGCUAGUUUUGCUUGGAGUUUCAUUAGAAGGAAGAAACAAAAAGUGAUGCUUCAGGUCACAGAUAGAUUGUGGCCUGUGGAUUUGAUAGCAUUUAAGCCAUCUUUAGCUUCAUUUUCUUCUGGCUGGGCCACAUUUGUUGAGGAAUAUUCAUUAAGAGUCGGAGAUGUUUGCAUAUUUGAGCUUAUGGAGAUGAAUGAUGACAUUAUACUACAAUGUCAUUGGAGAGUUCCAAGGAGUUAUGUGAAGAAAUAUGAGAAGAAAUAUGGAGAAGAGCUAUCAAAUAUCGUACAUCUUAAGCUUCCAUGUGGUACAGAAUGGGAAAUAGAAGUCACAAGACAUAAUGGUGUCUUUUGGUUCGACAAGGGUUGGGAAACCUUUAGCAAGUUUUACUCCAUCGAGUCUCGCUACUCGCUAGUUUUUCAAUAUGAAGGGAAUUCUAGAUUCAAAGUUAACAUAUUUGAUAGAACAAACUCAGAGAUUGAGUAUCCUAUCAAAACCCCGAAGAAGGAAGAAAAUGAUGUAGAUGAUCAAUUUCCACCGGUUAGUCAUCUGCUGCCUCAAAAGAACAAUAUAGCAAGUUCAAAUGGUGACAAAAAGGAUCUUCCUGCGGAAGUAGAUGAGGGAGACAAGUAUAGUAGUACUCAAAGAUCACAAAAACCAACAACUGAGGUUCUUGGGAGGAUGCACCCUUCGACUACAAGAGGAAGUGGAGCUGUACAGACAGUUAAAGAAUUCAAGUACACUGAGCAGCCUUCUUGUUUUUUGGUUCCUAUGUGCCCCUCUUAUAUCGAAAAACAUAUGCUUUGGCUGCCAAGUGACUUUGCCAUGCAUUUGAAACAUCUUAUUACGAAUUCUGGUAAUCUUACCCUUCAUGUUUCGGAAGGGAGCACAACGAGAACUUGGACUGUUGGAAUGAAAUAUGAAAAAGAAAGAGCGAAAUUCCAGUCUGGAUGGAGUGAAUUUGUGCAAGGCAAUAAACUGAAUCAUGGUGAUGUGUGUGACCUCAUGUUAAUUGACAAAAAUGAACUUUUAUUUGAAGUUAAGAUUUUCCGAGCAAGAGAAGCUGUGGAUUGCACCUUCUCACCGGGUAAGUUAUUUGCAAAUAUUUAG